ACGAAUAAAGUAAGUAAGUAGAUUUAACAAAUAAUUAUGAAUAUAUGGUCUUUAAACAUUAAAUCUUCUAUCUUAGAAAAUGAGUACGGGAAAAAAGAAAAGUUAAAUGGUUUAAAAAUAUUAAAAGUAUAAACAAGUGCAGUGGUAAUUUAUUCUAUUAUUUAGCUUAUUUUACUGCAAUAUGCUUCUAGCAUUCACUCUAAGAUAUAUAUUUACCAUUUACUUGAAUUAAUUACUGGAUUUGCAUGUUAUUUAGUAUGCUGUCUAAGGAUUUAGACUUUUAACUACUCAAUUACCCUCAGUUUAGCAAUUUAUAUAAGCCUUAUGAUAUGGAGUUACUAAGAUAAUAUUUUAAUAGACUACUUUUAAAAUUAAUCCAGUUUACGCCCUAAUUAAUAAGGGUUUAUUUAUGCAAUUAACUUUAUAAUUUUGCUAAUAGGCUCUAGUUUUUUACUAAAAUUUUCAAUUAUUAUUAUUUUGUUUGUCUGCCUGAUUAUUUUUGUCUUUAAAAACCCUAUUUUGGAUGUAAUAUAAAUUGUUUCUGUAAUACUUGCUCUAAUAUAUAAGAUAUAUUCAGAAGAUAAAUAAAAAAGGAUUGCUUUUUUAGAUCAUAAGCAAGGGCUAAUAAGAGAUUAUUUGGUUGAUAACCUACUUCCAAGUUCUUUAAUCAUUUGCAAAUAUAAUUAGAAAUAUAAUGAAUUUGAGCUAUACUCUUAAAACAAAAGAUCUAAAUUGCAAUUUGGGCUUUAAAAUAAUUAAGAGUUUCAUGAUUUUUGUAAUUCAAUGGUCUUGCAUAAUAAUUAAAAUGCUUAAGAAGUAAAAUAGUAAUUAAAGAAAUGUAAAAAACCUGAAUGGUCAAAUACGCUUAGUGGUCAAAUUUAAUAAAAAAUGAAUAAAGAGUUUAAAAAUUUAUAAAAUGAAAAUAAAUCUAAUAAGGGAAACAGCUUCAAACAAACAUUAAAAUAAAAAAACAAGGACAAAAAUUAAUCAUCGAAUAAUGUAUUUUAAGAUUUGGUAAGUGCAUAAAAUAAUGAGCAAGCUAUUUUUAAAAAUGAAAAAGAUAUUAACUCUUUUAGGAAAUUAAAAAUGAGCAAUUAAAAGUUAGUGAGUAACCAUGUUUAAAAAAAUGAGAUAAAGUCUUUCUAGAAGUUUAAAAAAUAAAAUAGUCUUACUUAAUUAUAAAGAAGGAUUACAUCAAUUUCAGGUGGAGGACUAGAAAAAAGUACUUUUUAAUUCUUCAACGUUAAAGGAUAAUCGUAGACAAAUAAUUAAAAUUAAUCUACAGAUAUGCAUGCAAAGUAUUCUGAGAAAGAGAACCCUUCAUAAAAACAGGGUGUUUUUUCUUAGAAUUUUGAAUAGUUUUAUGAAGAUGUUUAAGAAGAGAGUGAAGAGGUAGAAUCGUUUUAAGGAUAAAUGAUAGAUGAGUAAUAUGUGCCUAUAUAAAAUAAAAAAUUUUCUAUCAAGAUUCUCUCUUUCUUUCUUAAUGACUAUUUUAUAGUAAUUUCUAUCCAAAAAGAUGCGUACAGAGAAAAAUAUUAAUAAAGUGUAGAAGAAAAUAAGAGGACAAAUAAAAUAUUAGACCAGUAGUUUCUUAAUCUAAAUUAUUUAUCUGUAAACAGCUAUAAAGUAAUUAAAUAAAUCUUGUAGAUGACCCAUCAAAAAUAGAAUUUAAGUUCAAAUAACUUGCAGAUUUAUUUUGAGGAGGAAAGCAAGACCAUGAACUCUCUACUUUAUUCAGCCUAUGCUAUCAAGCAAAAUAUAUAUAAUAUUUUCGAAUGGCUGAAUAGAAAAAAGUAAAUAUAUAAAGAAUCUAUUUAAAAAAUAAAUAUACUCGAGGAGCUUUAUGGGAUGAAGAGAAUCUUCUAAAAAUAAUUAGAGACAUAGUAGAAAAAUAUAGAAAUAAAUAUAUCUAAUACCUUACAAAGAAAGUAUCUUCUGACAGAUGAAAGAGUUUUAAAUUAAAUAUUUUACAAUUUAAUAAAUUAUUGCAUAUAAUCUAGUCUUUUUCAAUCUAGCAUUACAAUAAAAGCAAAUGAAACUUAAAAUUCAAGUAAUCUGAUUUGCUUUUCUAUUACUUUUAAGCCAGUAUCUAGCAUAAAUCUUUCUCUUCUGAAUUUUGCAGAGCUAUACGAUGAUAAUGAAGAUCAUUAUUAAUAAGUAGUUGAAAUUAAAAUAUGUAAGCAUCUACUAAGAUUAAUAAACCCUUAAAAUAAGAUAUCAUUUAAAUUAACUGAAGAUCAAAAUGUUGAAAUUUAUUUUCAUCUAAACCUGUAAGAUCCGUAAGAUGGUGUUAAUGAGUCUUUAAAUGACAAUAAUAAUAGGUCAAUUUCAGAUAAUUCCUUUAAUUUUAAUAAUCAUAGUGUAACCAGAUAAAAUUUUAUACCUAGCUUGUCUCAAGUGUAAUAACCUACUUCAUUUGGCCUAAUUUGGUUCUCAGAAAAAAAAUAUAACCAGAAACCAUUUUAGGAAGUUAUUUCUGAAUAGGCUAAUUCCUCAUCCUUUAACAGUAACGAAAAUGAAAGCAAAAAUUAUAGGGAUAUCUCUCCAAACAAAAGUGAAAACCCUAAAUUUUUAGAAAACGAUAAAAAUAAUAAAAUGAGUCAGUUCUUCAAUUAUAUUCCUAAAAAGGGAGACUUUAACAUAACUUAAGACACUUCAUAAGAUAAAAAUUUGGGUUCGCCUAACAAUAUAAAAUAAAAUGAAAACAAACAUGAUUAGAAAAAUGAAAAAGAAAAUGUUUUAAAAUAAAUAAAUCAAAAAAAAUUAACCACUCAAGAAAAUAGCAGUGGAGAAUUAAUAGAUCUAUAAAAAUAUUAAUAAUAAUUUUAGUAAAAUUAACCCAAGUAACUAAUUAAUAAUUUAAACUUUAAUAAAUAAAUAAUAUCAUCUAAAUCUAUUGAUUGUUGCAGCAUUGAUAGCUUUUAAGAAGACAGCGAUAAUUUUUAGAGCAGAGAAAUUUUCUAAAAUAUACCAAAGGGUUUAUCACAUAUACAAAACUAAUAAUAAGCAAACGACCCAUCUCAUUUUUCUUAACAUAGAUUAAAUACUUUCUUAAAGAAUAGUGAUUCAAAAGGUUUAUUUAAUUCUUUGAUACAUUAGUCUUAGGAAGAAUAAAUAAAAACAUAAUCUGUUUUGCCUCACCUAAUUGAAUAGCAAAAUUAUUAACACUAAAAGAUUCUUCAUAAUUCUUAUUUAAGGAGAGAAAAUGAUAAUAGUGAGCUAGAAAGUGAAUAAAUUAAAAAUUUAGAUCUUGAAAAUAACUAAAAAUAUGGUGUUGAAAAUAGUUUUGAAGAAAACUAUUCCACAAUAAGUAAAUAAUUAGAAAUAAACUAUAAAAAUAUUUGA